AUGUAUAUGCUGCAGUCUUUUGGGCGAGACAUGGAGACAAGCAGUGACAAGAAGGAAAACAAUAGCAGGAUUCACCAUUCCCUACAGCGGGGGCUGUGUGCGGUGACUGAUGAGAAGACGAUUCUUUCGCUGCGGCUGGAUGAACUGCAGCGUGAAGUGGAGAGGCUGCGAGGGGAAAAGGCCGGUUGCAACCACGGCAAUGUGGUGGGCGAUGCUGAGCUCGCCGAGUGCCAAUGCCGAGUGAUGGAGCGCGCGAACGAAAUGCUUCACGUGCAGAUGCUUCGGGAUGUUACCGGAAACCAAUCACUUUGCCGGCAGAGUGAACGAAAACCUCACACGUCUUCGUUGGCCCCUCCGGGAGUGGCCGCAGGCAUUGAUGGCGUGCAACUUCCCUUGGAAGGACUCCGCCGUGCUGUGCGGGACGCAUUCGGGCCCGGCAGACACCUGUUAGACGACGGCACUGCUGUCACGGUGGAGUACACCCAUGACCACGUCGUCGUGCGUGGCUCACGGGCGAGUCGGAACGCGUUCAUGGCCUUCCUGCUGCACAUCGUGCUGCGUUACAUGGGAGGCACGCCACAGCGAGAAUGGGGCGACAGUGCGGAGGAGUGCCCCAGCCUCAGUGGCCCGCGUGCGGUGUCGCGGCCCACGGCGACCGUUGGGGUCUCCGGGGAGAAUGAAGGUGGGCGGGCACUUGAGUCAGUGCAGAUGGAACGGGAAAGGUCGCAAAUGGCCCGACAGCGCGCGGAACAUGAGCCUGUCCAGCAGCAGGCUACGUCGAAUUUUCAACGCGCGCAGAACACGGAGCAGAAGCGGCAAUUAGGUGGGCGGCGGGUAGAGCAACUGGAGGUGGAGCUGCGGCGGAAGUGGGGCGGCCCCCACGUUGUCCUGCACCGGCAUGUGGAGAACGAUGUUGCGCCGAGGCGGAAGGUGGACGAUGAUUACCGCGCUGACGCGAUGGCCGAGACCUCGCCCCAACGCGGCAGAGACCCUGUGCAUUCGCUUGAUAGGAGCGGAUACUCCGAAAAGCGUGGGGUGAUGUCCUCGGCCUCAUGGGCAAAGAGCAACCUGCCUGCGAUGGCGCCGGACGCGGAGAGGAGUUUAACUUUAGCGACGGAAGGAAGCGGCAUUCCUGCCAAUCGACGUGUCGGUGGGUCCCCUCUUAGAAGCCACGCAUGUGAGGAGACGCUGCUGCUGCUUCAGCGGGAGGUGGAGUUGCUGCGGGAUGAAAAACACCGUUUGUUACGGCAGCUGCAGUGCAGCGCAGACGACGUGAAGCAACAGCGCCGUCGACUGCAGGAUGCUGAGGCUGCGACGGCGCAUUUGUGCCGCAGUGUGUUAAACUCGAGUGAAGUCGUGGCGACAGUCCUCAGGGGGGAAGCGGCGGCCCCCUAUCUUAUGCUGCAUCGAGGCGGCGGCGUAGAUGAGCACCGUGUGCAGGCGCUCGUGCAGGCACUCUCCGAAAACAGUGGCACCGCACACGAUGACGGUGACGAUGCUGCGGGUGGGACCGCCCGGCUAAUGGAACAGCGGUUGGUGGAUGUGGCGGCGCUGCUGGAAAUAGAGCGUCGCACGUGGAAGGCGGCCCUUGCGUUUGCUGUAGACGAACGCGAUGCCGCCAUGCAGGCACAGCAAGAAGAGGCGCUUCUGGCUCGCCCUGACACCGCUACCGUGGCACCGCCGCUCCUGACGACGGCGACGACGGCUCUCGAGAAGGAAAACGUGGAGCUGCGCAUUGAGCUUCAGCGCUGCUUCGAGGACAUGCGGCGACUGGCUCAUGUCAUUGCGCGUUCCCAUACGAUGUACCAGGAGGCGCAGGAAAAACUGCGGGCGGGUGACCGACGCAUGCACGAAAAGGAGGAGACAGUGCUAUCUGUUAGGCGGCGCCAGGACUCUGCCUUGAUGGCUGCAUUAGAGCGGGAGCGAGCACUGGAGCUUCAGCUUCAGCGGCUACAGCAGCAGGGUAAGUGGGACGCGACGCAUUCACUGCGUGCCGCCGCCGUGGCCCACACUGAACCACAACGCGAGGCCCUAGCGCAUCUUGUAUCGACACCCUCCAAGGGGAGUUGCGCAGUGAGUGGCACCACAUUUGGCGGCAGCCGGAACAAUCAGCCGCACCAGCCCCAAGUAAAAACCGACACACAGGAAUGCAGUUUUGUUAGUAGGGGCAACGGCUUGCAGAGCGGGCCCAGUACUGCAACGACACCGUUGUGGAAAACGGAAGCAGCAGGAACGGCCGUGUUGUCCUCUCCAUCAACGCGGCUGCAGAAGGGGAACUUUGAGCGGGCUCUACGGGCCAUUCACCCUUCAUGA